ACCAUCGCCCACAACAAUGGCUUCUUCUCUCACAAAAAUAGAUCAACAUCAACCCCUCUGCAAUGCAAUCUCAACCCUCCAUGCAGACAUCAUUCAGACCCAAAUCCUAACCAGACUUGAUGGCCAAACCCUCGUUGCCGCAGCUUCUACUUCCUCCCUACUCCGCUCUCUAUCCCUCCAAGACAAACUCUGGCGCCAAAUCUGCAACUCCACGUGGCCUUCCACCAACCAACCAAGUGUCCAAACUCUCAUCUCCAGCUUCCCUGCCGCUCACCGUUCUUUCUUUUCCGAUUCAUUUCCAGUUCUAAACUGCCAAGUCCCGCCGUCAUACACGCUUGAAUUUGAUCAUUCCUUACUUCUCACAACAGAGUUAAUCUCAGCCGUUGAUAUUCACUACAAAAACAAUCUCAUUCUCUCUAAAGUUGUGGAGACUGAGACCGUCACCGGCUGGUUCCAGUUUCCUCCUUUUAGAAUCGACUUACUGGACGAAAAACAGCUGGUAACAACGCCGAUAAAAUUUGCAAGUGAAACUAAAGUUUUGAUCAAAGACCUUGAAGAGAACUUGACUUUGAGUUGGAUAAUGAUUGAUUCAGGUAGAAAGCGAGCAGUAAAUUUAUCCAGCAGGUGGCCAGUUUCAGUGGAGCAACACUGGUUGACACGUGAAGUGCAUGUGAAGUAUGCAGCGAUAGUCAUUGCAAGCGAUCAUCGUCAACGGUGGGAAUUGUUUUCGGCGAGGGAGUUUGCAGAGUGUGAGGUUAUGGUGACACUGGGAGGGGAGGAAGGAGGAGAAAUGUACGUGAGGGAAGUGAGCAUGCAGAUGAAGGACAUGGAAGAGAAAAGUUUAAAUGGGAGGGAGAGUUUGGUAAUUUUGCAAAGAGCUUUUGAGAAGGGGAAGACGAGUGGGAAGAUAGAAGAGGGGAAAGAGAGAUAUGAAGAGUUUUUGGAGAAGAAAAGAGAAAGGAAAGAGGGAAAGGAAAGAAUGGAAAAGGUUUUAAACAUCGUCUGUGUAUCUUGUUUUGUUGUUGCUGUAGCUUUUUGGUCAUAUAAAUUGUUCAUAUAGAAGACUUAGUAAAUCUCUAUGCGAAUAUUUUAGUGUUGGAAGUAUAGUUUUUCAAGUCAUAGGCGGCCAAGAAAAUUCUCCGGUUAAAACUCUGAUAGCUUUCAGGGUUUCCAAUUCCCAUCUCGCGAAUUCCAAAUCACUGUUUCGUAUUAAAGUGAAUUGACUUAUGAACAAACAUUAAAUAUUAUAAGCCACGUCGCACCUUUGUGGGCAGCAGCAAUUAAGAUCGAAAAUGCUAAUUU